CGGAGGGUCUGCCCUCGGUUGUGCUGCUACAGUGACGCCGUGUGGCUGCAUCAGUGCGAAGCUGCAACCACACACACGCCUCAUUUUCCCAUAGCCGCUUCUGGUGCUGCUGUUGUACUGAUCACUGUGGGUCCACACACACGCGUUUACUCACACGGUCCACGAUGGAGACCAAACCGGUCAUCACCUGCCUGAAAACCUUGCUUAUCGUCUACUCCUUCGUCUUCUGGAUAACAGGAGCCAUCCUGCUGGCAGUGGGAGUAUGGGGGAAGUUGAUGCUGGGCCCGUACAUCUCUCUGAUAGCAGACAACUCCACCAACGCCCCGUAUGUCCUCAUUGGCACCGGGACCGUCAUCAUCGUUUUUGGCCUCUUUGGAUGCUUCGCCACCUGCAGAGGGAGCCCAUGGAUGCUGAAGCUGUAUGCCAUGUUCUUGUCACUGGUCUCCCUGGCUGAGCUGGUGGCUGGCAUCUCUGGAUUUGUGUUUCGCCAUGAGAUAAAGGGAACCUUUCACAGAACGUACACUGACGCCGUCCUCAACUACAACGCUGAGGACGAGGCCAGUCGUGCUGUGGACAAUUUGCAGCACAGGCUGCGUUGCUGCGGUGUGUAUAACUACACCAGCUGGUUGGCCAGUGUUUACUACCCGUCCAAUGGGAUCCCUGCCAGCUGCUGCGUUAACUCCUCAGACUGCAACAUGGACGAUCUCCGCAAUGCAACUCUAGCCCCCACCAAGGUCUAUCACCAGGGCUGUUAUGAGCUGGUCACUUCAUUCAUGGAGACCAACAUGGCCAUCAUUGCAGGAGUGACGUUUGGAAUUGCCUUCUCACAGCUGAUUGGCAUGUUGCUGGCCUGCUGUCUGUCCAGGAUCAUCACAGCCAAUCAGUAUGAGAUGGUUUAGCUGAAGUGAUUUGGCAGGGAGAUGAAGAGAAGAAGCAACAGAAACUGCACAUGUCACGAGAAAUUCCUGAAACACUGUCACACAUCUGAAUGUGGAGUGAGCUCCCUCGUCUCUCUGCCUGUGCUCUUAUUGUAAUAUCUCAAUGUAUCUUAUUGUAAAGCACCAUUCCUUAACUCACUGCUGUUGCAUCACAAAGCUUUCAGAGCCACCACACAUCAAUCCAUCGCUGCUGUUGCUGCUGCUUAAUGUAGACGUUGCACAUUAGCCCAUAUGUUGGAUCAGUGCAGUCUGCAGCAGUCUGGUAGACCAGAGUUGUCUGAUUGGACGACGGUGUUGGUCUUUGAGAGGCUACUGCAUAUAUUUGUACAUAGUGACUUAAGCUUAAAGCUAAAGUAACACUUUAAUAGAUAGGUUUUUAGUUGGGGUUUUUUUUAUUUUACUUUGCUAUUGCUCAGCAUUGUUCAUGUAUAUUCUUAUGGUUGUGACAUAUUGUGGCCAUGAUUAUAUUUAGGAACAUGAUGAGAGAAGACAGGAUGGGUAGAGCUACUGAAGGGAGAUUUUUUUAAACUGUAGACACUGUAAAAUAUGUUUAACAUAGUUUUAAUAUAAUUUAACAACAGAUUGUAUUGUAGAUUAUUUGUUUCAUUGCAAAAUUAAAAUUAGUAUUAUCAAAUACUCACAGCACAAUUGCACUAACCAUCAAAUGUGAACACGUGCUGUAACUGUGACUUAGAAUUAUCUACAGUUUUACUUGAACUCAUCACUUUUUAUUACACUUUAAUAAUAUGAAUUAAUCUUUCUGGCAAUUACUUAGUCUCACGAGGAAUACAAUUAAACAUAAUAACCUUUAAAAAAAGUUGUCACACUAAUAUGGACCUAAAAACAUGUAUACAGUGGCAUGGAUCCUCUGCCCCAUGUUUUUUAUGAUUUUAAAAAACUACGUAGUAUUAAAAAACAUAAAAAAUAUAUUUUUACAUCCUGUUUUGAAUAAAACUUAAUGGGACUCUACACAGUUAUAUAAACUGUAUUUGGUUUGCAUGUUCUUUCCAUAUAUUCUGGUCUCCACAAACACACAAGAUUAGGUUAAUUGUUCACACUUAAUUGGUCACAUGUGUGAAUGUGAGUGUGAAUGGAUGUUAAUCCAGUGAUGACCUAGUUAGCUGUCCAGGAUGUUCCCCUGUCCUUGCCCAAUGACUGGCUCCAACUCCAACACCAUCCUGAUCAGGCAGAAGAUAUAGCGACAUUUACAGUAACUUCACCACUACAGGGUGCUAAAUCCCACACACUGUACCUUUAAGUAUUAUAAAUGGAAUGCAUAAGGAACUGACAUGCAGGACUGCACUAGUGUCGAUGUAGUAUUUACAGUAUUCUGCUUCCAUCAUGCCUCCACCUUAACCAUCACUAACAUCAUCAUCUGUAGAUAUGUACGGGAAAUGUAAUUUGUAUAAUGAACUGUUCCUCAUUCUAAUGUGUUACUACUGUCAGUAAAUGUGCUGUUAAACAGUUCUGAUUCCACACUCUGUGCUGUUAACCUGUAUUCGUUUGAUAGUCUGCACUGGAUUAAGUAGUCGUGUCAGUAACUGUUUUUAAUUCAGCAGUAUGUUUAUUAUGAUUUAGGUUGGAAUUAUAUUUACUGGUCUAAUAAGUUGGGUUUUUUAAAUUCUCUUUGUUUGGCUGUGUUUAUAUUGAUUGCAUGGUUUAGACAUGGUUUGAAAAAUAUCAAUCCUGGAUUAUCAGAUCACAAGUGGACAGCAUAGGGCUGGAGUGAAAGAAGAUCAAGCAGGGAGUUGGGAUUAAAAAUAUUCGUUGCAUAUCUUGUCCCACAAGAACCAUCACAGGCCUGGAGUGAAGACGUGCUAAAGUCAGUCUAAUAGCUAAUGCAGUAUUUGAGCCUCUGGUUGACACGUGUUGCUUCACAUGAAGUAUUUCUCUAUAACAUGUGAAAACUGACAAAAACAAAUGACAUUUCUUUAUAUUUUAUAUUGACAUAACAGUUAAAAGCUGAAGCUGUCCAUUUGUGACCAGAUAAUUAAAGCCUUUAGGACUCUGUGAAAACUCUUAUGGUCAGUAUUUGGUUGUGGCAUUUUAAAUAUAUAUAUAUUGUUGCUUUUGCAGCUGUGAAUUAUUAUGUUAUUUCCUUCUUCAAUCUGAAUACUAAAACAUGUUUUUCUUCUAGCUUUACUGUAAAUACUAAAUUGUAAUACCAUUAAGCGUACACAUGGGGUCAGUAGAGACUCGAGGAUUGCACCAUGCUGUCUACUAAUGACUAAGUCACUAUCGGUGGUCUUAUUAUCAAUAAACGUACAAAUAACAAGUGC